UUAUGCCAACACUAGAUUCUUUCAAAUCAUGACCAGAAAAAGGACCGAAGAAGAUGGGUACGAACCCUCUGCAGACGAAGAUGAUGAUGAUAAUGAUAACGGGAAGAGAUCGGAAAGUGAAAGAGUGGUGAAGAAGAGGAAAAGGGUAAAACGUAGAUUGAAGAAAAAAGACCCAUUAGUGAUGUGUGGUGGUGAUAUCAUGUCAAUGGUAUUCAGCCACCUUGAUGCACGCAGUGUGGCUUCAUCGCUUCUUGUUUCGCCUACAUGGUAUAGAGUUGCUUCAAGUGAUGCCAUUUGGGCUAAACAGUGUGAAGAGUUAUGGGUUGGCAAAGCUCAUAUACCUCGGUUUCCCCAAGUCGAGGGGUUGUCAAAGUUGUCUGUUUACUCUUUAUCGGUUGCGGAUGGAAAACGAAGUCGAAUCAUGAAGAAUGAUCUUUGGGAUCAUGCUUGGGAGUUUCACUUCAAAAAGGAAGCCCCUGAAUACUGGUGUAAUUUGGACCCGUACUGGAAAGGGACCGAGCCACUAAUGCAUCGUUACUUCCAUCCAGAUGGGAGCCAAACUGCUGAUUCUGAUGACGAAGUUUGGGGCGGCCAUGAAAGUUGUUACUCCAUUGUUACAAGUUUGUUGGCAGAUGGAAAAAUCCGAGAGCAUUAUGUUAGGAUCAACCGAUGGCCGCAGAUGUACGUAUCGAGGCGACAAGAUUGGGGUUGGGAAAUGUCAAACUGGAUUUACUGCUAUUCUAGUGUUCGUGAUGCUGAUAAGAAAGGUGGAACUGGUCCUUAUCUUCCAACACUUUGA